AAGGAAAUAAAUGACAAUAACAAAGCCACAUACUUCGAUCUGUUCAAGUCGAAGACGUUAAUUGUCAGAAGUUUAGCGAGUAUUUGCAUUUGGAUUGUCAACGGAGUCUGCUUUUUUGGCAUCAACCAAUACUGCACUUUUUUGGGGUCGAGUGUUUAUCUUUCUGUUGUUGUGAUGGGACUCGUUCAGAUACCAGCCUGUUUGGUUGCUACAUGGCUGAGCAGAGUUUUCGGUAGAAAACUGUCUAUGAUAAGUAAUUUCAUCAUCUUGGGCCUGACCAUGUUCGUGUUAAUUUUUACACCGAGAAAUCAUUGGACUGCUUUGACUUUCGGUAUCAUCGGACUUUGGGCAGUUAAUGUUACAUUCAACAUUGUAUACGUGUGGGUCUCAGAAUUGUUUCCUACUCCGUUAAGGAACAUGGCUUAUGGUAUGGGUUCUUGUGGAGCAAAGGCCGGAGCCAUGACUGCGCCUUUUAUAGCCAAUCUUGGGCCUCAUUGGAUGCCAUCUUUAAUAUUCUCAACAAUGUCUUUAUUAGGUGUAAUCAGUUGUUUAGUUUUGCCAGAGACAAAAGGGAAGAAAUUAGAAGACAACUUAGAUCAUACGAAAUAAUUAAAAUGCAAUAGUAAAAUUUUGUAAUAUUUACUAAAGACCUAAUUGUAAGAUUUUGAACGCAAAUUAAGAUAGACCAGAUGAACCUGAAAUCACGCUGACGGUACAAGAGAAUUCAGACCCUGAUGUUUGUCGCUGGUGGCAACAUUUAGCACAACGUCACUAAUUUUUUUUACUGCAAUUUAGUAACUCAAAUAAUCUGGUACUCGCAAAAAUACUUUACAAAUGAAUAAGGUAAGUACUUUUAGGUACCUUUUUCCUUAAAUUCAAUAACGAGAUUUUUAUCCUUAUUGAGCAUUUUUUGCCUUAGUAAUCCGUGACUUGUAUUAUUUACAAGAAUUUUACGACAAAAAAACAUGUCAGUAUAUUGAAUAGUAAUAUUAGAUCCGGGUACAACUUCAUUUGAAAUACGCAUAAAAGACCAAAAAACAAAUUUCAGGCGGCUGUGUUAAACAAAAUUACCGUUUCCCGGCUCCGUCAAACAGUAAAUAAGACACACCCUUUGCCAGUAC